UCACGAGUGCUUUGGCCUGGAAUAAAAUAGAAGAUGAGAUACAUAGAUGCACUGAGAGUGGGCCCCAGACGGGUUCCUAUGCUGCUGGGCACCAUCACUGGUGGUAUAGAGCAGACCCCAUAUACCAGAAGAUUAUAUCUCCCACCACAAUCCACUCCUUGCUUGCCAGCUCCAGCAUGUCAUCUGCAAAUGGUGAUGUGUCAAAGACUUCCAGCUCUAAAAUAAUAAACAGUGAUCCACGCCUGAAGAGCUGCGAUGUCUACACCCUGGCCCGCAAUAUGAACACACUCCAGGAGAACAAAAUAAGUGCAGAAGAUGUGAAGAAAGUGCUGCCGCUGCUGUACCGCAGUCCACUCUCUACAGAACACAGGAUUGCUAUACUUAAGGAACUCGGGCUGUGUAACCUUAAUGCUCAGCAUUAUCUUCAAUUCUCAAGACUGUAUAAGUGUACUGUUGCAGCAUUGAAGAGUUGCAGACUCCUACCAGAGAACUAUGAACCCCACAAUUCAGUGUUGGCUUCUCUGGGAGUUCCACAAGAACUGAGCGUCACGACAAGACUUCCUCGUGAUAUUAACCAGUGCACACUUGCUGAGUUGCACAUGGAGCUGAGCAAUGUUUUUCUGCGCUGGGAGCUCAACUGUGACCAAGAAAACAUCAGUAGAAUUCGUCAGAUAUACAAGAUCACCAAGAGCAUGACACUGCAGCAGCGUUUGUUGCAUCAGCUUUAUCAUCAAUGGAAUAUCAAUGCAGACAAGGUGUUAAAAAAUGGUUACUUACUCAUGUGCAGCCCUGUCAACAUUGCUCUUAUAGAGAAGGAGGUUGGGCACAUCUCUGGAGCAGAUAUCAAGGCUUUAGUUACAUUAUCACCUCGCAUCCUCUCCAUCCCAUACCAUCAGCUCCUACAACUGGGCCACAUCCUUACCAAUGUCGGAGUCACUCCAGCCUCGCUGAUAUCUGUGCCGCGAAUAUGUUCACUACAUCCAGAUACACUGCAGGAGCGACUUUCAUUACUUCAAAAGGUACCAGAGUUUGCUGCCUUGUCCUAUCAUCCGCGAUUCUUGCAUCUGCUAGUACACUUCAACAAGGCCUCAUCUCGUCUGGACUUCCUACAACAGAUGAAGAAUACAAAUGUUUUUCCUACCCUUAACACAUUGUGUGGCACUAGUAAAAUGUUCCAUAGGUAUGUGGCAGUAGGAGACCACAGAUAUAACAAGCGAGAAGUCAUCAACUGUCUGGCAAAACAAAUGAAUGAAACAUCAAGUACAAUUAGAGAAGCUCUGCACUUCCAGAGCUGGAGCCAGGGGCAGACAACAAUUGUAAGUGUAAGGAAGAACCUUUUAAAGCUAAGAAAAGAAGGCUUCACUAAAGAACAACUGCUAGCAGCGCUAGAUGUUGUAUUAUACCCACCCGAGUUGCUCAGUGACCAGCUUGCUCAGCUGCCACUCAGAGCUCAGGCUCAGCCAUUCACAACCCUCAAAUCAAAGCCACAUGCUUUGCAGCUCCUCUUGUAUUUUAUGAACAAAAACAUGUCAUGUCCACUUUCAUAGUUGGCAAAAAUCUGCACAUCUGGUAAUUUGUGUCAGAUGCAGACUUAUUAAAUUUUGAAUUGAAACAUUGAUAAUGACUGACAUAUGUUGUAAUAGGCAAUAAAAGUAUAGUUAUUAAC